UGCUGGAUUCGGAGAAGGUCCGCCAUUAUUGGGAAGCUGAAAAAAAAAAUACACUUAUAGCCUCCACACCGUCACACAUUUCCACUGCACGGGGCUUAACAGUAGAAACGGAAAAUACAACACUUCCAGUAGCACUGAAUUACACGGCGAGCGGCACGUUGGGAGAAAAAAAAUAAUAAGGCAGACCUUGUGAUCGCGUAGCCCGUGGACUCUUUAUUUUUGACACAACAAAGGAAAUAAUAAUUGGUCAAAACAACGUGGUGAAGCAAGAGGAAAAACACACCGAAACAGGGCUUUCCAACGCCUCCCCCUUUCUUUUCCUUGCAAGACGUUUCCAGUCGUGGAGAAAGGACUGGAGUUCACUGCAUUUUUUUCCCGGGGAGAAAUUUGUUGUUUUUGUAUCACAGAGAAAGAGAGACAGAGAAAGAAAGAAGGGGGAACUAAACAUGCAUAUCGUUUCUGAAAACUUCACACUGAUGAAAAUGAAGACUUAAGUGGGACGAGUAGCUGGCAGAUCUUUUUUUUCCUCUUUUUUUUUUUUUUUUUUUUUUGGCCAGAAAGGCACAUGAAUUUAUGUGAGCAUUAGGAGGAAGUAUUUUUUUGGCCUCUUUUUUAAAGUCUUUUCACCGGCUGUGAAUCGCAGAGAGACCAAGGAGAGAAAGAAAGGAGUGGACGAGAGGUGGAGAGGGAGAAGGAGGAAUGCUAUGGGCCAGACCCUAGCCCAGUGAGCUCUUCUUGCAUGGAAACCCUUCCUUGGCAGCCUCCUCCUCUCCCUCGAGCUUGUGGCCAGCAUGGCAGGAUGAGCCUCUGCCAGCGAUGAUGAUGGCCAAAAAGCAAGAUGCCCGGGCACCCACCUACAACCUGGUCGUGGUGGGUCUGUCUGGCACGGAGAAGGAGAAGGGCCAGUGUGGCGUGGGCAAGUCCUGCCUCUGUAACCGCUUUGUCCGGCCCAGCGCAGAUGACUUCUUCCUAGACCACACCUCCGUUCUCAGCACCAGUGACUUUGGAGGCCGUGUGGUAAACAAUGACCACUUCCUGUUCUGGGGGGAGGCUGGGCGGACAGUUGAGGAGGGGCCAGAGUGCCGAAUGCAUGUGGUGGAGCAGACAGAAUUCAUAGAUGAUCAAACGUUCCAACCACACCGCAGCACAGCACUUCAGCCUUAUAUCAAGAGGGCAGCCUCUACCAAACUGGCCUCAGCUGAGAAGUUGAUGUACUUUUGCACAGAUCAGCUGGGGCUGGAGCAGGACUUUGAGCAGAAACAGAUGCCUGAAGGCAAGCUGAUGGUGGAUGGCUUCCUACUUUGUGUGGAUGUUAGCAGAGGAAUGAACCGUAGCUUUGAAGACCAGAUGAAGUUUAUCACCAACUUAUAUAACCAGCUAGCCAAAACGAAGAAACCUGUGGUACUGGUUCUCACAAAAUGUGAUGAAGGAGUAGAGCGCUAUAUUAAAGACUCGCACACCUUUGCCCUUGCUAAGAAGAACUUACAGGUGGUGGAAACAUCAGCGCGAUCUAACGUCAAUGUUGACCUAGCCUUUCUCACAUUGGUUCAGCUAAUAGAUAAGAGUAGGGGAAAGCCCAAAAUUAUCCCUUACUUUGAGGCACUGAAACAGCAGAGUCAACAGAUUGCCUCAGCCAAAGACCGCUAUGAGUGGCUGGUCAACCGAAUUGUCAAGAACCACAAUGAAACAUGGCCCAACAUCAUGCGCCGUAUGCAGUCCUCCAGUGAGUACAAGGACUAUGUGUUCCUAGAGGGGACAGCUAAAGCCAAGAAGCUCUUUCAGCAGCAUGUGCACCGACUUAAACAAGAGCACAUAGAGAAACGUAGGAAGGCUUAUCUCAGCACUCUACCCCAGGCACUAUCUUUACUGGUACCUGAGCUAGAUGAGAUUGACCACCUGAGUUGGUCUGGGGUUCAGAAAGUCCUGGAGACAAAGAGAGAGUUUUCCCACUGGUUUGUAGUGCUGGAUGACACCCCCUGGGAGACCACACCGCACAUUGAUAACAUGGAGGAUGACCGCAUCCCCCAGGACCUCCUGGAGACCCCUGCAGCAGAGGCUGUCUAUGAGACACACCUUGAGCAGCUGAGGAAUGAGCGCAAGCGGGCAGAAAUGAGGUGGGAGUUCAAGGAGAAGUUGAGUGUCUCUCCAUUUAUCACAGCAGGGAAACCCUGGGAGGAGGCCCGAAGCUUCAUCAUGAAUGAAGACUUCUACCAGUGGCUGGAGGAGGCUGAAUAUCUGGAUAUCUAUAACAAACACCAGAAGGAGAUCAUUGACCGAGCCAAAGAAGACUUCCAGGAACUGCUUCUAGAAUACUCUGAGCUUUUCUAUGAGCUAGAAGUUGAUGCAAAGCCAAGCAAAGAGAAAAUGGGUGCCAUUCAGGAAGUGUUGGGAGAGGAGCAAAGGUUUAAAGCCCUGCAGAAACUGCAGGCAGAAAGGGAUGCCCUAGUAUUGAAACAUAUCCAUUUUGUCUACCACCCCACCAAGGACACUUGUCCAAACAGCCCUCACUGUGUGGACAGUAAGAUAGAGCAGAUUCUGGCUUCCAGAUUCCCUACUCGCUACCCCUCGUCAGACAGUUCAAGGCUGGAAUGGGGGAGGGCUGAUCGGAUAAAUCUUGUCAUCCUAGGGAAAGAUGGGCUGGCCAGAGAAAUGGCCAAUGAGAUAAGGGCAUUGUGCACCAGUGACGACCGGUACGUGUUAGAUGGGAAGAUGUAUGAAUUAGCCCUCCGACCCAUAGAGGGCAAUGUACGUCUUCCAGUAAACUCCUUCCACACACCCACCUUCACUCCCCAUGGCUGCCUCUGUUUGUACAACUCAAAGGAAUCCCUCUCCUAUGUUGUAGAUAGCAUAGAGAAGCUUAGGGAGUCAACUCUAGGCAGAAGGGAAAGGGAAAACAGCUUAGCUCAGCUCCCGCUGUCACUCCUUCUCGUCACCAAGCGGGGGGUAGGCUCUAUAGGGGAUAUAGGAGGGGAGACAGCUCAGACUCUUAUCCAUCAAGGGCAGCAGGUGGCUGGGAAGCUGCAGUGUGCGUACCUAGACCCUGCCUCCCCAGGGGUGGGCUAUGGGCGCAAUGUCAAUGAAAAGCAAAUCAACCAGAUGCUGAAGAGUCUCUUAGAAUCCCGGAGAAGCCUGGGGAGCAGCUCCCCUCCCUUACCCCCUCCUCCUUCUGCCUUCAGAGACUCUCAGUCCCAGCCCAUCCCAGAGGCAGACCUGAGGAUAGUCAUGUGCCUGAUGUGUGGAGACACAUAUGACCUAGAGCAGCUCCUUGCUCCCUUCCUGUUGCCCCAGCAUUGUCGCCCAACCUCAAGCCUCAGCAGUGGCACCUCGGUUCUGUUGGAGCUCAGUGUGGGAGCUCAAAGGCAGAGCAUUGAGUUGUCUCUCCUCUCCUUCCACUCCUCAUUCUCACUCCGCAAGAGCAGGCUGGUCCACGGCUACAUUGCGGUCUAUUCUGCCCGCCGUAAGGCCUCCAUGGAGACCUUAUGUGCUUUUCUGUGUGAGGUGCAAGACAUCAUCCCAGUGCAGUUGCUAGCAGUAGGGGAGAGCCAGAUGGAGUUGUCAGACUCAGAGUCAGCCAGGGAGCAAGUCAGUCAGGGAGAGGAGCUCGCCCAUGAAAUAGAGGCGAGGUUUAACACAGUAAUAUGUGGGCAUGGUGGGGUUGUAGGGGGACUUCAUAAGAUAGAUCUCUUCCAACCCUUCCUCAAAGAGGUGGUGGAGAAGCGCACCAUUGUAGAGGCCACACACAUGUAUGAUAAUGUGGCUGAAGCUUGCACCAAUGAAAGCAUCAGCCCUCGCUGUGGCUCUCCUAGUCCAGUUAACACUCUUUUGGACUCAGAAGAUGAUAUUGACCCGUCACCACCCUACCCUACCCUGAGGGAAGAUGGUAAUCUCAGCUCCCACAUGGGAACCUUCAAACUGCCAGAUCUGGAUUCAAGUGAUGCCUUCUCUGUGAUUUCUGAAAUCAGCACCUUUGAAAGCAAGCUCAACAACAAGGUGCCUCCACAAGUGAAGCCUAAGCCUGUCCGUAAGGUCAACCUUGGCCCCUACAUGGACCAGCAGCAGGGUGGCACCAACCGACGUUCCUUGCCCCAAGCUGUCACCUGGGCUUCGGGUAGUGAUGGUGGCUAUGACCCCUCGGACUACGCGGAGCCCAUGGAUGCUGUGAGCAAGCCUCGACCCACAGAGGAGGAAAACAUUUACUCUGUCCCUCAUGACAGUACACAGGGCAAGAUCAUCACCAUCCGCAAUGCCAACAAGGGUCACUCCAAUGGCAGCGGUGGGGGGAAUGGAUCAGACAGUGAGGCCGACAGCAGCUCAUUGGAGCGCAGGAGAAAGUUGUCAGCCAUUGGGGUGAAGCCUAAGCUCUACAGAGACAGAUCCAAGCGGCUUGGCAAGUUCAGCAGCUUCAGGACCAGCUUCUCUAUAGGCAGUGAUGAUGAGAUGGGAGGCCCCCCCAAGGCUGGCCAGGAUGAGCUGGGAGCCCAAAAAGACAAUUCUAUCAACGAGGAGAGUGAGGACCCCAAAAGGAGAAAUAUCCUGAAGAGCCUGCGCAGAAAUACAAAGAAACCACGGCCCAAACCCAGGCAUUCCAUCUCGAAGCCCAUUGAGAGCAACUACUUUGGUGUGCCCCUGGCCAGCGUGGUCACUCCUGAGCGGCCCAUUCCAGUCUUCAUAGAGAAGUGUAUCCGUUUCAUUGAAACAACAGGUUUGACCACAGAAGGCAUCUACAGAGUCAGCGGGAACAAGGCGGAGAUGGAGAGCAUGCAGAGGCAAUUUGAACAAGACCACAACUUGGACCUGGUGGAGAAAGACUUCACCAUCAACACAGUGGCAGGAGCCAUGAAGGCCUUCUUCUCUGAGCUGCCUGAGCCCCUGGUGCCCUACAGCAUGCAGACAGACCUGGUGGAGGCCUUCAAGAUCAACGAUAGGGAGCAGCGCUUCCAGACGAUGAAGGACGUUCUGCGCCGCUUCCCCAAGGAGAACUACGAGGUCUUCAAAUACGUCAUCAGCCAUUUGAGCAAGGUGAGCCAGAACAACAAGCUGAAUCUGAUGACCAGUGAGAACCUGUCCAUCUGCUUCUGGCCCACGCUGAUGAGGCCGGACUUCACCACCAUGGACGCCCUGACGGCCACGCGCACCUACCAGACAAUCAUCGAGAGCUUCAUCCACCAGUGUGCAUACUUCUUCUACAAUCAGCCGCUGGCCGACGGUCUCCCCGGCUCCCCCACCGCCACCCUGACCUCUGGGGGAGGAACCUCGGCCUACUCCUGCAUGGCCGGGGGCUACUCGUCCUCCCCGACUCCGUCCCCGACUCCCUACGUCCUCCCUGCCACCCCUCCAGUGAUCCCGCACUACGGGCCGCCGGUGCACCACCAUCACCACCACCACCACCACCACCACCAGUCCCCGCCCCACUCCCCUCCCCCCACCCCGCAGUCCCCCAUCCCGGCCCUGCUGCCCCUCCCUGCACCCCCACCACCCCCCCACGGAACAACACACGCUGUGAACCAGGGAUCAAGGGAAAGAGAGGAUAAAGCGAGAUACGAGACAGAGACUGAGAUUCGGAGAGAUUUAGAGGGUUCAGAGGGAGAGAUUUUGAAGUUUUCGGAAGGAACGGAAGACGAGGAAGAGAUUGAAACGAGAGCAGGAGGUAGGAGGCGAGGCGAAGGCAGAGCGACGGAGAUGCAGUAUGUACAGGGAGGAAGCUCGAGUGUUUGGGAGAUGAGUUGGGAGUGAAGGUGGGGGUUGAACCUCCGGCGCUUUUCAAACACGGACAAACACACACACACACGGAAGGUGGAGAAGGGGAAGUGACGCGUAUGAUCUUCUUAACACUUACCUAUCCUUUUCUCUGUCUCUCACGUCAUCAAGACCUGCCCUCCUUGCCUUAUAGACACACACACACACACUCACACACGUGUAGAUGCAUUUUUGUCACACUAACAUCCAAAUGAAGGGAGAAAGAGCUGUAUAGCCAAUCACUGUCAACAGAACUCAUGGAGGGAAUAACAUUAAAACAAUUCCUCUUGGAAACACGGGAGAUUCAGGAGGAAUGUGAGACCUGUGGAUUUCAGUCUUGUUGGACUUCACUACACACAGUUACACACAUACACACACAUACACAGAGACACUAAAACACCCAGUGGCCAGUGUGCCUCCGACAACCACUCUCCUCAACCCCUCAGCCUGUGACCGUGCUUCAGUUUUCGGUGGCCUGGGCACACUUCCUGCGAUGCGACCUACCUACUGUACCAGAGAACAAGCUGACGCCGAGCGUGUUGGACCGCCGCGCGGAGCAAGACACAUGCCUCACACUGGGAGAACGCUCUGUCCUCUGAGACUCACACCUUCGUAUGUAUCAACCCCCUCACACGUGCGGUGCAACAUGUUUUUGCACAAACACAAACACACACUCUCGGUUUCAGUUGUGACAGUAGAACAAGGACAGGAAAAAAAAAAAAAAGCAACAAAAAAAAAUCUUAACCAACUGGAUCUGCUGGGAUUGGAUUAUGGGUGCUCUCACACCCUUGGCAUUCUGGGGCAGCUCCUCCCAUCCUCCUAUUUGUGCUCUCUCUCUCUCUCUCUCUCUCUCUCGCUCUCUCUCUCUCUCUCUCUCACACUCUCAGUCUGUCUGAACUUCAGCUUCUUGCCCUGACCCCCCGGAGCAACUCUAAAAGACAGCUCUGGUCUAUUUUAAAGAGGAUUGCUAUAUUUAUCUUAAUCUUCUCUCCAUUCUCUAUGCAGUUUCACAAUCCCUGAUGUCUUUUUUUUUUUUUUUUUUUUUUUUUUGUGUGUGUGUGUGUGUCAUUCCUCCAUCAGCUUAUGCUCCAGUUCCUCAUUUGAGAGAAUUUGGGGCAAUUUUUGGGAAACACAGAGGAACCUGAACCUGUCAGUGAGCGUGUGGCCUUGGUGUGUGUCUGUUUGUCACUUUGUGUGUGCAUGUGUGUGUGUGUGUGUGUGUGUGUGUUUGUGUGUUGUGUCUGAAUGUGCUUGUAUUAUGUAGCUGGUAGGGAUGACAUUAGUUGUGGACCUUCACCUGUCAUGUUGCUUCCUUCAGGCUUUGGUGGUUUCACAACAAGAGGCGGUGCUAGAUAUUAGAUUUUGGAAAAAGGACCUUGUUAUGAAACACUUUUCUGAGCACUUUCUGAGGCUUACAGUAAGUUUCAGCUGCCAUGACAGAUACGGUCACACUUUAUUCGUCAGUCCACCCUACUCUCUCUGGGAGCACACCACUGACACCUAGGGGAAAAAAUGGGUAUUGCAGUCAUGACCUCACUCCUAGUGCUGCAUGGGCGUAGCACCAUUUUCCUUCUAUGAUUUUAUAGCAUCAGUUUCUCAUAUGUGCAAUUGUCUACAUUUCUCUUGACUGGAUGUCAAAUAAAAAUAAACUUCAGUGCCUGUGAGGUGCAGGGUGUUAAUAAAAGAACAACACACUAUGUGAAUUACAAAUCAAUUGAGAUUAUCAUGUGGGCAUAUAGAUCCAUGCUGUCAAGCCAGAUAACAUGGAUAUCUGGGCACAUAGCAGUGAAUUAGACAUGCAGUGAAUGUUAUUAUAAUGCAAUCCUCUGUGGUUAUUUUUCUCUUUUCUGUGGAAACUAAAGCACUCAGUGCUGUUUGGGAGAAUGGAGGCAUCACAUGCCCGCUUCUCAGAGCCAUGUUUGACUGGAUGUAGCAUCACAGUCCAGAAAGCAGGAGCUGGAAGCGAGGCUCAAGCUGUGACAGAUGGGAGGCUUUAUAUAAUUGGAAAUAAUUGUAACCGCUGCACCAUGCCUGGGCACACUGUCCUCUUAUGACACAGCAUAAUGCUGCUAGAAAUUAGACUCAAACCUAUUCUUGGUGGAUGCAAAAUGUAAUUGGCACGAGUGUAAGCACUGCACCAGACUCUGCCACUGCCACUGUCGGUGUUAUGCCACUGCAUCCCAGUCACUCCCUGUCCAAGAGAGACAGUUGGGUCUGGGAGAGACAGCAGACAGAACAGACAGUCCAUUCAUCAGGCUGCAUGUCUGAAAUGGAGCAUCAUAGAAUUCCAUGGCCCAGCCUGCUGUUACCGUAGAAACCAAUGAGAUGGGGCUUGAGAAGAAGCUGAGCCUGAUUGUGGCAGCUUUUGAAACUGUGUGUGUGUGUGUGUGUGUGUGUGUGUGUGUGUGUGUGUGUGUGUGUGUGUGUGUCCGCAUAUCUUUGUGGUUGUGUGUUUGUGAGAGCAAGUGUGCACGUGUACCUGUGUGUGUGUGUGUGUGUGUGUUUGUGUUAAGCAGACAUUCAGUGUUAAGCAGACAUUCAUCAAGGUCACUUUUUCCCAUUUGAAUUAUUUGACGCUGCAUCUCUACAUCUCUCCCCAGAAUGUCCUCAAAAGAUCUUUUCUCCAACCACUGAAGUCUUAACACCCCACACUCUUAAUGACUUAUUAUCAGCCUAUGCUACCUAUAUACUUUGUGUGUGUGUGUGUGCGUAUAUAUGUAUAUGUUUGAGAGGUUGAGAGUGUGCGUUUGGGUGUGUGGGACUGAGCUAACAUGCAAGCAUGCUGUGCUCAGCAGAUAGCCAGACACCAGCAUGAUCCAAACAAACCUGAAGGACAGGAAUGCCGUUCUCCUCGCGGUCAUUACCCCGCUGUGUUACCCUGUUAGCUGGUCCAGAUUACACAGACUUAGCCUGAGCGAAAGUGUGUAUGCGAGAGAGGGGGGAGAGGGAGGGGAGGCAGGCAGGCAGACGGGUGAAUGGGAUCAUUAUUUGGGAGAUGGAGGAAGGAAGGAGGGGGGGGACCACUGGUACUUGUGUGUGAACGCCGGCCAGUGGCGUUCCCUGUGUAUAUCAAUGUGUUAAUACUGAACUGACUGUGAGGCAGCCAAAGACUGUGCAAAAAAAAAAAGAAAAAGAAAAAAAAAGGGUAGGGGGAGAGCUGGGAAGCAAAGUGACAAUUGGAAAAAAAAAAAAAAACACAAUUGUAUUAAAAAUGUGACUUUGGUUCAGCGAUCACAUGUGGCUGCAUUUGCUUUUCUUUUUUUCUUUUCUUUGUUUUGCAACAAUGGUGACAGAUGUCUGUUAAGUUAAAAAUGAGAAACAAGCAAAACUAUAUUCAAAUGGUUGUUUAUUUGUAUGUUAGGGGGUCUAACACUUUGCCCUUUAGUCAAUGGUGAUAGAAAAAAAGUUUCUUUUUAUGUUUUAUUUUAAUAAUUAAAAAAAAUACAAAGCAUUUUUUUUUUUAACAAUUUCUUUGUGAAUGGUUGAGAGACCAGCCCAGUAUAGUGCAUGAUUUCCUCCCAGCUGAGGGAGAGGGCUACACCACUCUCACUAUUUAAGAGAUGACAAAAAAAAUAUUAAGAGAUAAUGGGGGAAAAAAAGAAAAUCGUUAAAAAAAUAAAAAAUAAAAAAAUGAAGUACUGUAAACUGAAAAGAUACAUCAAACAAAAAAAACUGUCAUUAUUUGCUGAGUAUGGUCAUUUGUCUCAAUGGGAAUGGUGUAUACAGCAAGGCCUUAUGUGAUCUGUAUCAUAGUUAAUAAAUCAAAUCUUGUAAAA